UCCGGGAGAGUAAAGUCGUGUUCUCCCGCUUCAUUAAUCCACUCCUCUUUGUCAGAAGAAAUACACACCGAAGUCCACUCGCUGUUUAAGUACAGGUUUCCGUACGAAAACUUUCGCGAGGUCUGUUCCCGAUCGAAUAUCGUACUCGUUUGGAAACUUUCAAAAUCGAGAAAGAGUCGAACGAUUCGACAAAGGGAAGUAUCGAAGUUUGCUAACCAUCGAAAUUCCAAGGACAGCGCCGUUAAAGGGCGGUAAAACAAAUAGAACGCGUACGACAGUCACAACGGAGUCUUUAUUGGGACAUUCUACGAAUUUGUGCGGCGUGUUGUGAGUGAUAAAGCUUAUCGUACCGCGGCAACCUGAGACCUUUCGUGUCAGCGAGGAGCAGAUCGCUUUCUUUUUUCAAAAAGAGUGUCUCGGCGAAGGGUUGGUUCUUCCUGGAUAACCGGAAGCGGGCAUUUUAACGAACGAAGGGAGAACAAUGUCGACACUUCAGAGCAACUUCCCUUGAAGCUCUCUCACGUUCCCGAAGAUAAUAAUUCGGUCGUUGAGUCAUGCUCCGCCUGCUUGCUCUUCGUCAAAAGAUGCCUUUCACAUUGUAAAUAAAAUAUCAUCGAAGAAAGCCUCAGACCGAAGAUGGGCAAGCUUCUGAGUCUUCUGGCUCGAGACGAGUCUACCUGUUGCACGCCUCAAAAAUAUGACGUCUUUUUGGAUUUCGAAAACGCACAGCCCUCCGACAUAGAACGGGAGACCUUUGAAGCGGUGCAAAGAGUUCUGAAAAAUUCAGAAUCUAUCUUGGAGGAGAUUCAGUGCUACAAAGGGGCUGGGAAGGAAAUCAGAGAGGCGAUUUCGGCGCCCACGGAAGAGUGUCAGCGAAAAGCCUAUCUGACCGUUGCCCCUCUUGUUGCAAAGUUGAAAAGAUUCUAUGAAUUUUCAUUAGAACUCGAAAGGGUGGUGCCGAAGAUUCUGGGUCAGUUGUGUUCGGGGAAUCUCUCCCCGACACAGCAUCUUGAGACCCAGCAAGCUUUGGUGAAACAGCUGGCCGAAAUAUUGGAGUUUGUUUUGAAAUUCGACGAACACAAAAUGAAAACUCCCGCUAUUCAGAAUGAUUUUAGUUAUUAUCGAAGGACGUUGACCAGAGCAUCCCUGACGCGGCAGGACAAUGUUGAGAAGGACCUCGUGGUAGGGAAUGAGCUUGCCAACCGAAUGUCCUUAUUUUACGCCCACGCGACACCCAUGCUUCGCGUUCUGAGUCACGCGACCAUUACUUUCUUGAUGGACAACGAAGACGUAGCACGCGAAAAUAUCACGGAAACUCUUGGUACCAUGGCCAAAGUUUGUUUACGCAUGUUGGAAAAUCCAAAUCUCCUGGCGCAAUUCCAACGGGAGGAGACUCAACUCUUUGUAUUGAGAGUGAUGGUGGGGUUAGUGAUCCUUUAUGAUCACGUUCAUCCCCAAGGUGCCUUUGUUAAGGGUUCGAAUGUUGAUGUUAAAGGCUGUGUGAAGUUAUUGAAGGAUCAGCCACCUUGCAAGAGCGAGGGACUCCUGAACGCUCUUCGUUACACCACCAAGCACCUGAACGAGGAGAACACACCGAAAAACAUAAAAAACCUGCUUGCCGCAUGAUUACCAAAACAGCGCGGUUGCUGUAUCAGAAGUUGAGACAGCUGGUAGCUGAUCUAGAAUCUGAACGAGCGAUGCAUUCUUUUUGUAGCGCCACGAGGACGCCGAAGAAGAUAUCCUCACGUGUUCACGUGACACAAGCAAUCUCCUGUUCCUGAUCGUGGCUGGGUGGUGGACCACAAAAGUGUCUUUCGUACCGAGUCUAAAGCUGCCCGAAAACUGCCGACUUCUAAAGAAAAAAAAGAAACCUUUGACGAUACGAGAAGGUAGGAGACCGUGAGAAGAAGGACGCGACACGACUGAUCAUCGGAGGAAUUGCUGAUUUCGUUCGUUGCGAUGCUUUUAUUGCCGCCGCGAACGCGCGCAUUUAGGAAUUAUUACAAAGUAACGCAUUACUCUUCUUACCCACUUCGAUUAUUAUUGAUCAUUGCUAUUAUUAUUACUAUUAAUUGGAAUUUUUGAUGUUCGUUCGAGCUAUCUACGGUCACCGAAGUAUUAUUGUUCCAACAAACAUCACUUAUUAAUAUUAUUGCUCUCCCGACGGGGGCGCGUUAAUUAGAGCAUAUCAGUAGCGUAUUUUAGGGUAAUUUCGAUUGCGGUAAUUGGCCGUGUGUUACGAUGAGAGGUUUAAUAACGUUGUAGAUAUUGCGAAGAUUUUUAGCUCUUGUUUUCUUUGUUGAACGGUUGUCAUCGGACGAAGGGACGAUCAAGAGGAAUUGUUACGAAUAAUGGAAUGGAUAUUGAACGGAAUCGAGAAUCGGGGACGACUAAACAUUUACUUUGUUUCGGUGAAUUUAACGAAAUUUUUGCAAUAGCCAAUUCCUUUUAUGAUUCCAUCACAGUUGCGACCGAUGUUCUUCUGUCUGUGAGUAAUUUCUGCGUGAUAGAGAAUCGAGAACCAAAGACACUACUACCGACGUACAUCGCCGCUUUUGUUAUGCAUUUAUUAUUGCAGUAUUUUCGAUAAGAGCGUUAUUUAUAUCGCCAGCGAAGAAAGUCGCGCGACGUAAUCACGCGGUACUGGGCAAAUUGCCGUUGUUUCCGUAAUGGCAAAUUCACACGUGAACAAUAUCUAUCCUCGCGCUGGCAUUCGCGUUGUAAUCACUUUUUCUAAGUGCACAUUCAAAGACUUUGAAGCGUACGAGACCGAUUUACAACAUAGAUUUCCUUGUAUCAAGACUUUUACUAUUUCUAUCCAGUGUUAUCAAAUUGUAUUUUACAGGGUGUCCCAUUGGAAACGGACGCUUAAGUAUCGCCUCUGUUUUUUACGAUAAUGAAAUUUUCUUUUCUUCGAUUACUUUUCACAAAGUUUUCAAGAAAUAGAAUUGUCAAAAAUAAUGAAGAUAUUUAGUUUAAAUGUCCUGCAUUUCCGUACGACACCCGGUAUUAUAAUAAUUGCAAAAGCUGUCUUGUUCUCAAUUAAUUCGAAUGGUCGAAAUGCAUUGAUUAUUUUUACAAUGAAGAAAUUGUUCAGUUUUAAACGAUAAUCAUAAUUGUCAGAACACUGCCGAUAAUGAAAUAUAUCGAAGUAAAACUUUCACGAACAUCCAUGAUCUCAUAUUAUAUUUUGUAUUCAGCGUUGGAAAAACUUCGAAGAUAGAUCAAGACAGUUUUUUGAUGGAAUUUUUUACAUCUUAGUUAUAGUUUGAACAUUUUCAGUGAUAUUUAUUAUAACAGUAUUGUUGUUGCUUUCACGUAUAACCAAUUGUGGAUGAAUUUUUUAUCUUUACCGUAUAAUUACAUAUACCUUUUGAUACUGUUUUAUGGGAUAGGCUGACUAUGCAAACUAUUUUCCUUCAAACGUUUCGAUUGUUCGUCUUUGACUUCGUAGUUUGUUUCGUUCUUUUAUACAUAGAAACGAUAUUAUAACAGAACCACAUUUAAUCACCAAAAUAGCGAUUGCUCGUAUUCGAAUUAAUUUGAAUGAGUUUGUAACAAACGUUAGUUUAGGAGAAUACUAAUAUAUUGCACUUCACUCGUUUUUAAACUGCUACGUUUACGCACGAUUAUUUCAGUAUUAAGAUCAAAUGGAAAUAAUAAGGGAGUUCUUUUUAAAAUUUUUAUCAGACAAUUGCGAAUCAGAGUAAAAAAAAAUUAUAAGCUAUAUAAAAGGGUCACGUUAAGUACUCUAUUAAUAUAUUUGAUUUUUGAAUAUUUCGUAUAAUCAUACGCUUCCCUCGUUUGUCUUCCACCUACAAUAAAACCUUGAUCAUUGCAGGGAACUAGGCCGAAAAAUUCUCAAGUAUCGAGAUUCUUGCAAUGAUCGAGGUCGCCGAUCUAGUACAGAGCCUCACAUACCCAAUAUACUUUCAGUAGCUACGAUUAUUCCUAUCUUUUAAUGCCUUGUCUUCCACGUGUCGACACGAUACAACGAACGAGGUUCUCGUGCAGUUAUCGAGGUUGCAUUUAUCGAGGUUCUACUAUAUUUCUGAUUGUGCUCCUUCCGACAGCUCUUUCAAAGACGAUCAAUCGAAGUUUUGUCUUAUUGAUAACAGCAAGAGGAAAAAUCGUAUACUCGAUUAAAGGAUUCCGAAUUCCGACGUUCAGCGAAUCGUAAGAUAAAAAAUGUUACGAAUUUAGUUACGGAAAUAUAUCGACGUUUACAAUCACGUUAAAACAUCGGAGCUCGAAGCGUACUUCGAUCUGAAACUUUAGGAGCAUCGUUCGUAUAAAAAAGAAAGAAAAAGGUCAAGAAUGAAUCGCGCAAAUUUCGUAAACGGAAUUUAUUGUUAAGUAUUAUACGGAUAUCCUGAGAAACACAGUUUCCAAAAUGUAAAUCGAGAAAAAUUCUACGUAUAAGAGAACCUGUGUGUGAUGAAAAAUAUUUCAUACGAAACAGUUUUUUUGUUUACUUACAUACGAACACGAAACAUAACUGUAUUGCAUUUAUUUGCCAUUAACUUCCUGCGAACGUUAAUUUAAUCAUUUGUCUGAUUUGUGAAAAAUGGACACUGAAAUUUUAGUUGCAUUGUAAAUAUUUCUUUAUGUAAAUAUACUCGCUUUACUUGCAGCCGAAUCUAACCAUUUUUAAAAGGUUGCAAGAUUUUGUUACAUUUUGAAUUAACUUUCUAUAUGCUGGAGUAACAGUUACGUUCUGUAUAGAAGUUUGAUUUUGAGUAUAUUUGCAUUUCAGUGAAACUUACGAUUAAUAUUUUAAGAUUCAAGUUCUAGAUUAUCUUACAGACAUUGUUAUUUGGAAAUGAAACUGUAG